UUGUUGAUGUGUCAUAUCAAAGUGACUUGUUGGGGCUAUCAGCUGGUUAGACAGCAAGCCCAAAGUUCGUCCUUACUCCAAUCGCCUUGAACUACAGUAUGAGUUUUUCGCAUUCGAUUUAAUUGAGGGAGGGGCCAUGGAACAGCCUGGUCCUGCUUCAGAUACACACAUGAUGGAAGGAUCAGAGGUUGAAUCUGUGUCUGAGGGAUCUCCCCCUGCAAGUCAGCCCCACAACAACACAGCCAAUGUAGAAAAUGAGGAGCAAAUAUCCCACAAUGGUGCUGAUGAGGCAGAAAAGUGCAGUCAGGCAAAAGAUGAAGCACUGCCUGAAAGUGAAUUAAUCAAGAGUACAACAGAUGUUGAGAUGGACACAAAGACAGAGCCAGAAGCUCAAACAUGUAUUGGGAGUGAGAUGGAUGCUGAUACCAGCUGUCAUAACAAUACACUUUCCACGGAAGGUGGGAUUCCUUCAUUUUCAAAUGAGGCUGGUGGAGCUUUGGUAGCCCCAGACACCUCUUUAGAUGAUGUGGUAGAAAGCUCUCCUUCUGUUCUUGAAGGCACAAUCGAAACCUUAUUGACUUUUGAUGAAGUGAAGGCUCCUCAUGCCACAACUCCGAACCACAAUGAGCAACCAUCACUCUUGGUUACAAAUUGUUCCACAGAGCCAUUGCCAGCUGAUGAUAGUGGUUCAGCUGAGAGUCCAUCAUCCUCUUCCGUCCAGAGCACUUCCAAAAACUCCCCUACCGAGACCACGACCACCUCUGGGAUUUCUAACGGCCCCUCGACCCCUAGCUCUGACACUGUCAGCUCUUCUCUUGCUUCCAGUCCGCAAACCGGUGCCAACAUCUCAGCCCCGUCACAUUCCUCGUCGAGCCCAUAUGACACUGAUUGCAGCCGCAAGCUUAUUUCCCAGAUCCAGCGCUCGCUGUCACAGGAGUCACUGCUGGAUGAGCUAGAGUCAGAGCUUUUGGCCUGUCAGCUGCCUGAGGGUGAAGGUGGAAGCGAGAGAAAGGGCAGCCCACCUGUCAAUGGACUCCCCACAGACCAGGAGGACUGUAUGUUGGUCUUUGAGAAGUGUGUGCAGUACAAGUAUGCACAGCAGGAGAAAGCUAUUCAGAGGUUGCUUGAGGAGAACAAGAGACACCAGGAGCUGAUCCUGGGUAUCUGUUCAGAGAAGGACAACAUGAAGGAAGAGCUGAAAAAGAGGACAGAGACGGAAAAGCAGCACAUGGCCACCAUUAAAAAGUUGGAAGGCAGGGUGGAGGAGCUCCUGAAAGAACUGAAGGAGUCGCGGGAUAAACUAAUCCACCAGGACCAGGCAGCUAAGGCCGCCCUCCAGCAGAUGCAGAAGGAGAUGGCCUUCCGGCUAGAACAGGCAAACAAGAAGUGUGACGAGGCACGGCAAGAGAAGGAGGCCAUGGUGAUGAAGUAUGUGCGGGGGGAGAAAGAGGCCCUCGACCUCAGACGGGACAAGGAGGGUUUGGAGAAGAGGCUGAGGGAGGCCACCAAGGAGGUAGACCGCCAGGCGCUCCGAGGAAACCAGCUGGCUCAGGAGAAAGGCCGGCUGCAGCAGCUGUAUGAUGCUAAGGAGGGCGAGGUUAGCAGGUUGACCCGAGAGGUGGAAAAGUUGAAGGAGGAGAUCAACUCGCAUCUUAUCAAGGUCAAAUGGGCCCAGAACAAACUAAAGAGUGAGGCGGAUGCACACAAGGAAACUAAAGACAAACUGAGAGAAACCACAUCCAAACUGGCCCAGGCCAAAGAAGAGACCGAACAGAUCCGCAAGAACUGCCAGGACAUGAUCCGAACAUACCAGGAAUCAGAGGAGCUCAAAUCCAAUGAGCUGGAUGCUAAACUGAGAGAGACCAAAGGAGAGCUGGAGAAACACAAGCAGGAACAAACCGACCAAUUGGAGGUACACCGAGUGAAGGCCAAGGAGCUGGAAGACCUGAAGAGGAGUUACAAAGAGGGCAUGGAUGAGCUCAAUACCCUACGCACCAAGUUGAAGUGUUUAGAGGACGAGCGUCCACGCUGGGAGGACGAGCUGAGCAAGUACAGGGAGAUCAUCAACCGGCAGAAGGCUGAGAUCGGUCGGCAGAGAGAAAAGCUGGACGAGAUCACGGCACUCCAGGAGCAGCAUCAAUGUGACCAACAGGAGAUCACAUCUCUGCGUGAGGAAGUGGACGGUCAGACCAACCAGAUGGCUGACCUCCAGCGUGAUGUUCAAGGCAGCAGGGAGCGUGAGGCUGAGUUACUGGGCUUCACUGAGAAGCUGAGCAGCAAGAACGCCCAGCUCCAGUCAGAGAGCAACGCAUUACAGUCUCAGCUGGAUCAGCUCACCAGCAGCUUUACGGAGCUCCAGGCAAAGCUGGAGGAGACCAACCGGCUUCUGGAUGACAAGUCACGGCACCUGAAACAGGAAGAGGUGCUGAGGCAGCAGGAGGUGCAGGGCUUGCAGGAGGAGCGGACAGCACUGCAGACAGACGUGGUCCAGCUGAAAACCAGAGUUGAAGAGCUACGAGAUGAGCUGGUGACUCAGAAAAGGAAACAAGCCGCCAACAUCAAGGACCUGACGAAACAACUUACGCAAGCCCGUAAGAGACUGGAGCAGGUUGAGAAUGGAGGCUGCGACCGGGAUGCCAGCAGCAUGGGCAGUCGCUCUAGUUCCUCAGGUACUACUCCUGGAUUUGGCUCCUUGAAUGCACGUCACGGUGGGAGCAGUGGUGUCGAAGAGCGGUCGCCCGAGAGUCAGUCAGGUCCUUCAGUGGUGGUCGUGGACAGCUUCCCAGAGGUCGACAAGGCUGUGCUGGUGGAGCGCAUUGUCCGUCUGCAAAAGGCUCUGGCUCGCAAGCAGGAAAAAAUUGAGUUCAUGGAGGAUCACAUCAAGCAACUGGUGGAAGAGAUCCGCAAAAAGACCAAAAUUAUCCAGAGCUACGUGCUAAGGGAGGAGACGGGGGCCCUCUCGUCAGAGGCGUCCGACAUUAACAAGGCCCACCUGAGCCGGCGGGGAGGCAUUAUGGCUUCGCUUUACACCUCCCACCCGGCGGACAGCGGGCUGACCCUGGAUCUGUCGCUGGAGAUCAACAGGAAGCUGCAGGCUGUGUUGGAGGACACACUGCUGAAGAACAUUACUCUGAAGGAGAACCUGCAGACACUUGGGGCCGAGAUCGAGAGGCUCAUAAAACAGCAGAGAGAUCCCGAGGACGGAGUGAGGAGGAAGUGAUACGGCCACGUCAAGAAAAUUUGAGACACAUACACACACACACACACACACACACACACACACACACACACUCUCUCGUUCUCCCAACAUAUGAAGGAGUAAAUUGAAUGUUGUACGUGCCAGUAGCACCUCAGGUUGCGUUUUGAAGGACCUCAGUUUCUGUCCAUCUUGUGGAACAUGUCUGAACUUACUUGAACUGUCACUAUCCCGUCUGCAGUGUUCCACCUCCAUUGCCUACUUCAACACAACAAAUCUUCCUUUCGGCUAACGUCCGUGUCCCCUGAGCCUUUUGCCAAGAUAAAAUUCGUCGGGGCCAGUUUCUUCAAGCUUGAAGCUUUUGACUGCCUUGUAAACUAAUUGACUGAAGAUGCCAUAAUCAUGAAUGUAUAGCUGAAUCUAGCUGGGAAAUAGUUGCAAAUCACACACGGAUGAAUUUAUCCUGGAAAAAAAAAAUGGAGUCCCCUGGUACAUUUUCCCUCCUCACAGUGAAUCACAGCUCUGUCUAUCACACAGUAAAAUGAACUGAGAUGAGAUUAUCAUCGCCCAGCAUGCGCUCUCUACUUGUCUCCUGAUGUCCGUCUGCCAAUAAGCCAAAUGUAUUUCUCAGAGGCUGCUUCUUCAGCUAUAGUACACAGCUCUCUGUAUGUGAAGCAGAAAGUGGAAAACAGAUCACCCCCGGCUGGUGGGUGGGUGGGUGGGUGGGGGGGACCUUGUGUGCCACCAUUUUUCAUGAUUUUUUUUUUUUUUUUUUUUUGCUCUGCGCAGCACUUUCCGACCAAGCUGGUGAGGCAAGGUGCCUCACGUCAGCAGACACACUCAUCUGUGUGACACCGGUGCUAGACCUAAGGACGCAGACUGUGUCCUCGCAAUGUUUCAUGCAGCCAACAGCACUAUGCCAUCAGUGUGGAAGAAUCCUCCCCUUCAGAUGUGUAAAAUUUGAAAAAAAAAAAAAAAUCUAUGACAAAUAUAAUAUCAUGCUAAGGUUUAAAUGUAGAGCUGGUCUUGAGUUUGGCCGUUUUGAAUGUGAUUUUUUUCUUUUUUUUCUUUUUUUUUAAUUUAUUUUCAUUUUUGUUGGCUUAAAAUUGAAUUUUUAUUCCAUAUGUCUGGUUAUCAGCUUAUGUUUUUUAUUAUAACCUCAGAUAGCUUUAUUUUAGAAUGUCUGCUCUUUGCUCUUAAUUUAAAGUAAUGGAUACCCUGAACAUUUUUUUUUUGUUUUGUCCCUUGCCUCACUGUAAUCUGCAGGCGUCAUUAGUACCAACUGGCAACAACUUCUCUUAAUCAGACACGAGCAUCUUAAGAUGUUUUUGUUUCAGCUUCCCAAGUGGUUUGUUAGCAUCAUUAGCAUUCCUCAUUUCAAACAGCGGCCACAGAGAUGUGGCUGGUAGAAACUUUUCUUCGCAACAUGUGCAUGAUAUGAUCUGGUGAGGGUGGGGGGUGUGGGUGGGGACUAAAAUGUUAAGGUGCUCCUCUUUAUUCUUCUUUGUAGUGUCGCUGAGUUUGUUGAAGUAAAUCUAAAUGUAGAGGAAUCAGAGGGAGCACAGGAGAUCUGUAGCUGUAGCUCAGGAAAGAUUAUGGAACCUACAGAAUUAUAACCAGGGACAAAGUGCAAUGCUGUUCCUUUCUAUGAUUUUUCUUGUUUGUUUGUUUUUUUUUGUUCUGAAUGUGUUGUGCGCCAGUAUACUGUUUGUAUGUUUUUAUGCUUGUGUAUGCGCAACAUGAAUAUUUAAGUUUCCAAACUGUGUGUGUGUGUGUGUGUGUGUGUGUGUGUGUGUGUGUGUGUGUGUGUGUGUGUGUGUGUGUGUGUGUGUGUGUGUGUGUGUGUGUGUGUGUGCGUGCGUGAGCUGCAUGUGUGCCUUUUAAACCUCUCAAGCUUUUGUGUUUACACCUUGUGUACAUGCUUUAGCUAUCAGGGCUUAUAGGCUUUUACCAGAUUGUCCAUGAAGUUUGUUCCUUGCAGAAGCAAGAAACACCAUUUGCAUUUAGAACUGGUGUCUAUCAGCCACACGGACACAGUCCUGCAGCUUAGUACCUCUCAGCUAUACACAAUAAUGCUUCUGUCUCUCAUUCACAGCUGUUCUAGUCUACACACACACACACACACACACACACACACACACACACACACACACACACACAGGAUGAAGGGUAUACACCAAGCACCAUUCAACAAUAUUAAAGUUUCCUUGGUCUUCAUUUGAUCUUAUAUUGCAGACGCUCUCACUAAAGAUGAGCCUUCAUCUUUCUUUUCUUUUCUUUUCUUUUCUUUUUUUACCCCAAUCAGAAACAGGCUUUUAACAGGCCAAUCCCUUUCCUGUACACCCUGAGGACUGGACUGGCCCCACUAUAUGAAUAGAGAUGCAAGUUUCCAGGAUAGAGGUCACAGAGUCCUUAAAUCCUCCCUGGUGCUGCAGUGGGUGCUCAGUGAUUGAUGUACUUCUACUUUUCUCUAAUCCAAACUGAUUCGUCAAUUUAAAUGUACAGGUGGUAAACCUUGAGAUAACAACUUGAUUCCCCUUGAUAUUGAACCUUGGUAACCUUUUAAUGUCUUUAAAAAAAACAAAACAAAUCCAUCAUUGGUCCAAUUAGAUUGCAUUACAAUUAGUUCUCUUUGUCAAUCAAGCCAUUUGAUUCUUUCAUAAUAAAUUCAUCUGGAUGUUCCUGUACAACAAGCUGCUUGCUGCUGAGUAGGUGAAAAUCAUAGCAGUUUUUCUUUUUUUUUUCUUUUGUUUCUUUCUGGUGCAGAAGUAAAAUACAACCUAUGCAAAACAGCCGCAUGGGAUUUCCCUAAUGAACGCCUCCUAAUUCUCUGAGGCACGCUAAUACGCCUCGUCUGAUUCGGCGGUCACCUGUUAGAAUCACGCUGAUCCGAGAUUUGAAACGUUUCCACAGCCUUGAAACGAAGCCAUGCUGCAGCAUCGUUUGGAUGAAACGAACAGAACCUCAUGCUUCACUAUAUGGAUAUGAAGAAAUGGUGUUCAAUUAUGUGUGUGUGUGUGUGUGUGUGUGUGUGUGUGUCGAAAUGUGACAUGAAGUGAGAAGUUUGUCAUAUUUCUGUUUUCUUCUUGCUGUGCAAUGACACCCCCCACCCCCCUCUCGCUCUGUUUUGUGGAAUAUUCAAACUGUGAUUAUACAUUUGUAGAUACGUCAUUCUGUAAAAUUAUGAUGAGAUGUUUUUAAAAACACUGAUUCUGGGUAAUGUUUGUAUAUAUAUGGUGUUCCCAGGAAAUAAAAGGAGACGAGUCUUAACUUUCUCUUUAAUGUUC